AAUUCCAAUUAUGGUGUUGAAGGAAGGUGAGGACCCAGAGAAUUGUGACGAGGAGUGCAAGAAGAAGGGGUAUGUGGUGGUGCUGUUCAAGAGUUGCUGGUAUACGGUAACUCUUAUCGUAGCUAUCUGCGCUGCCUCCGUCAUAUUAAUGGGUAUCGAGGGAAACCACCUUAAGUACACUAAUCUCAAUAACUACCAAAUGAGAGAGGGUUUUGACAGAAGAUUAUUGGAGUGGUUACAGAGUAACAAACCAAGAGCACAAUCUCUAAGAGACAAUAUAGGACUAUAUGAUACACUCGAUGCGUUUGAAUAUCACCAAAUUAUUGAGAAACAGCGCAAGGAAAAUCGCACUAAGAUCCAGAAAAUUGUUAAAGGUCAAUGCUUCAUCGCGAACGAUAAGCUAAAAGCGUGGAACAGCAAGUCUUGGGGAGACUCUUUUAUGUACGCAGCUAGCAUUAUGUCCACAGUCGGUUGGGGAGUAUAUUAUCCACCAGAUACUAGACUGAGAAUCAUAACCCUCGUAUACAUGAUAUUUGGUAUUCCUAUCUUCGCUGCCAUGAUAAAUUGCAUAUCUGGUAUACUCGACUCUUUGGAAAAGUGUCUGAUGAAGAAAAAAUCAAUACGGAAGUAUAUCGGGGAUGAUAAGUGUCUGUGUACCCUACAAAUCCUCUGGAUAAUCCUCGCUGUUUUGAUAUACGCUGGCAUUUGUGACUUUUUCGUGGAAGAAGGAAGAGACGACGUUUUAGAAGCGCAACUUGAGGACGCUGUUCUCAACUACUCCUGGACUUAUUUUAUCUCUGUUUACUAUACUAUUAUCACGGUAACGAGUAUCGGGUUUGGAGAUAUUUACGUUUAUAGCCCAAACCACUUCCUUUUAAACAUCAAACCGGUUCUUUGCUUGUUCUUAACCGCUUUUCUCGUUGCUUUCUUUGCUAGAAUUUUCACUAAAAUACAGAAUAAGGUGGACAAGGCUGCUACAAAGAGAAGUGAGAGGGCUCAUAAAAGUGUGACCAAAUUGAGACUGGGUAUUAUGCCUGUAGUUCAGGAAAUUGAAGAUUCCAAUGAUCAAUAAUAAUUCUGAUCAUUUUUCCUCGAAUUUCUUAAACAUUUAUUUGAGAGAUGGAAAUAAUAACUGUUUUUCCUUUG